CCAUAUCUCAAGAGUUUGUAAUCCAAUCAGGAGGCGUUGAUUUCUGUCCUCCAAUAAACAACAUCGAACAUUUCGCGCCCGGGAAAUCCCACAAAUGGCAAACCAAUUCAAUCCCGCGUAGUCGUGUGUUGGAGUUUGAUCCCCUUCAUAUUCUGGAAGUGGAAACUAAGACAAUCCUUAAAUAUUUCGUGAAUUCGACUGUUCCUCUGAGAUUUACUUCGGCCUUUUCUACCAGCAAACUAAACGUGAGAAUGAAGGGAAUACCUGAGAGCAAGUUACUGGAAAUAGCUGACGACAUCGGAAACAGAGAUGUCGUGAAGAUAGGUGUAAGCGGAGGGCUGACUCGACCUCAAGUCGAGAGUCUAGAUUCAGACUGCUACAAGGUUUUAACCAAAAUCAUGGCUGAUACCACUCCCAGAGAGCAGAAGAGUAAACUUCGUCAAAUACUGACUGACUGUAAUCACACAGCAGCCGCGGACACACAUCUGCCUACACGUAAGAAGACUGCCCCGAAAACCAAUCUGCCCAAGAAACGGGAACUGGAGUCGCCUACUAUACCUACCGAGGACGCCACUCCUGCUAAAAAGAAACCUAGAGCAAAGUCCAAACUCGAAACAGAGAAGAUGAAACUUAAACAGUUGAAAGCAGAUCAGGACGUUUUACGUAAAAAGCAGAAGGAGAUAGAUAAAGAUAUUGACCAGAAUAGUAAGGAAUUAGAGAAGACUCAGAACGUUGUAAAGAAAUUGAUGGAGCAGGAAAUACAAGAUGAUAUGAAAAAAAUUGAGAAACGUAAAAAGGAGCUAGAUAAAUUGAGUUUACCUGGAAUAAGUACAUCUCAGAAGUCCACAUCCAAUACAAACUCAUGAUUUCCUUUAUACAUUUAGACUUGAUCUUGUAUUUCUAAAUAUUCCAUUAAUUUCUGAUGCCUCACUUUCAGUAAUAAUGAUAAUAAUUGUAAUUUUUGUUAUGGUACUAUUAGUUUUACACUAACAUGUAUAUGAAAUGAAUUGUCCUCAAAUUUAUCAUACAUGACACAUCCACCUUACUGAUUUAAAUUCAUAAAAUUUAUUCAUAGUAGUUUUCCCGUUCCAACUCAGCUCUAUUUCUUUUCUUUUUUUCCACAUUGUAGUAACAUAUUGAAUGACGAUUAGAAUAAUCAUAGGUGUGUAUCUUAUAUUGUAAAUAGCUCUCAUUUGAAUGUAUUUCGCAUGUUUCCACAUGCAUCUCCCUGCUUCCAUUGCUUCAAUGGUUGUUUCUUUUUUAAUAUAUCUAAAUGUGUUUUGAUGGCAUUUUAAUCUCUCGAAAGUCUCUGAAAACCUUUUGGCUAAAGGCAACUGCCUUCAUUUUAUAUGUUUAUCAUUCUGUAUUUGUUUUAGUAUUAUUAAGGUAGACUGAAAUUGGGAGCGCUUUGUGCCAUUCGGGAAAAGCGUUUUAUAAAUAUGGGGUAUUAUCAGUAUAUAUUUUAUUCAUUUCACUUUUCUUGUAAUUUGUAAACUAUCGACCCUUGAUGGGAGAGCCUUUAAUAUAAACUAGUUUCCUACUGGCUUUUCCUGGCCAUGGGUCAAUAGGUCUUUUAAUGUUCGUAUAUUCAUGACAUUUGGAAUGUUUUGUAUUUCUUCUGCAAGAAAUAAAGUAAA